CGCUUCUCCUCGGCGGCCCCGCGCUGCCCGCGCCCGCGGAGCCGCAGAAGCCCGCCGAGCUGCUCCUGGCGCGCCACGGUCUGCAGCCCGGCCGACCCUCCCCACUCGCCGCCGCGGUCCCGCUGCCCGGGCACCAUGGACACCUCCUCGGUCGGCGUUCUCCUGUCCUUGCCCGUCCUGCUGCAGCUGGCGGCCGCGGGCGGCUCGCCCAGACCCGGCAUGCUGCUGCGGGGGUGCCCCGCGCGCUGUCAGUGCGAGCCGGACGGCAGGAUGCUGCUCAGGGUGGACUGCUCCGACCUGGGGCUUUCAGAGCUGCCCUCCAACCUCAGUGUCUUCACCUCCUACCUGGACCUCAGUAUGAACAACAUCAGUCAGCUGCCCCUGAGUCCUCUCCACAGUCUUCGCUUCCUGGAGGAGCUACGUCUUGCUGGAAACGCUCUGACAUAUAUUCCCAAGGGAGCAUUUGCUGGCCUUCACAGUCUUAAAGUUCUUAUGCUACAGAACAAUCACCUGAGACAGGUCCCCACAGAGGCGCUACAGAACCUGCGAAGCCUUCAGUCACUGCGUCUGGAUGCCAACCGCAUCGGCUCCGUGCCCCCCAGCUGCUUCCGCGGCCUGCAUUCCCUGAGGCACCUGUGGCUGGACGACAACGCGCUGACGGAGAUCCCGGUCCAGGCUCUCAGAAGCCUAUCAGCGCUGCAGGCCAUGACCUUGGCCCUCAACAAAAUACACCACAUACCAGACUAUGCCUUUGGAAACCUCUCCAGCUUGGUGGUUCUACAUCUCCAUAACAAUAGAAUCCACUCCAUGGGAAAGAAAUGCUUUGAUGGGCUCCACAGCCUAGAGACUUUAGACUUAAAUUAUAAUAAUCUUGAUGAAUUCCCCACUGCAGUCAGGACACUCUCCAACCUUAAAGAACUAGGAUUUCAUAGCAACAAUAUCAAGUCGAUACCGGAGAAAGCCUUUGUAGGCAACCCUUCUCUUAUUACAAUACAUUUCUAUGAUAACCCCAUCCAGCUUGUUGGGAGAUCUGCUUUUCAACAUUUACCUGAACUAAGAACACUGACUUUGAAUGGUGCCUCACAAAUAACUGAAUUUCCUGAUUUAACUGGAACUGCGAGCCUGGAGAGUCUGACUUUAACUGGAGCACAGAUCUCAUCUCUUCCUCAAACUGUCUGUGAUCAGUUACCUAAUCUCCAAGUACUAGACCUUUCUUACAACCUGCUAGAAGAUUUACCCAGUUUUUCAGUCUGCCAAAAGCUUCAGAAAAUAGACCUGCGGCAUAAUGAAAUCUAUGAAAUUCAAGCUGACACUUUCCAGCAGUUGUUCAGCCUCCGAUCUCUGAAUUUAGCUUGGAACAAAAUUGCCAUUAUUCACCCCAAUGCAUUUUCCACCUUGCCAUCUCUAAGAAAGCUGGACCUCUCGUCCAACCGCCUGUCGUCUAUUCCUGUAACUGGGUUACAUGGUUUAACUCACUUAAAAUUAACAGGAAAUCAUGCUUUACAGAGCUUGAUAUCAUCUGAAAACUUUCCAGAACUCAAGGUUAUAGAAAUGCCUUAUGCAUAUCAGUGCUGUGCAUUUGGAGUGUGUGAGAACGUCUACAAAAUUUCUAAUCAGUGGAAUAAAGGCGACAACAGCAGUGCAGAAGACCUUCAUAAAAAAGAUGCUGGAAUAUUUCAAGUUCAAGAUGACCGUGAUCUUGAAGAUUUCCUACUUGACUUUGAGGAAGACCUGAAAGCCCUUCAUCCGGUGCAGUGCUCACCUUCCCCAGGCCCUUUCAAACUCUGCGAAUACCUGUUCGGUAGCUGGCUGAUCCGAAUUGGAGUGUGGACCAUAGCGGUUUUGGCACUGACGUGUAACGCCUUGGUGACCUCCACUGUGUUCAGAGCCGCAGUGUACAUAUCCUCCAUAAAACUGUUAAUCGGGUUAAUAGCCGCGGUCAACAUGCUCAUGGGGGUGUCCAGUGCAGUGCUGGCUGGCGUGGACGCCUUCACUUUCGGCAGCUUUGCGCAACACGGUGCCUGGUGGGAACAGGCGGUCGGCUGCCAGGUCGUCGGCUUUUUGUUCAUUUUUGCUUCGGAAUCUUCAGUUUUCCUGCUCACCCUGGCAGCCCUGGAGCGUGGGUGGUCGGUGAAAUGCUCAGCGAAAUUCGAAACGCAAGCUCCCUUCCCCAGCCUGAGAGCGACCCUGGCGCUGUGCGCGCUGCUGGCGGGGACCGUGGCCGCCGUGCCCCUGCUGGGGGGCAGCGCGCACAGCGCCUCCCCGCUCUGCCUGCCGCUGCCCUUCGGGGAGCCGCGGGCUACCGGCUACAUGGUGGCCCUGGUCUUGCUGAAUUCACUCUGCUUCCUCGUGAUGACGGUGGCCUACACCAGGCUCUACUGCCACUUGGAAAAGGGGGACCUGGAGGGCGUGUGGGACUGCUCCAUGGUGAAGCACGUGGCGCUGCUGCUCUUCACCAACUGCAUCCUGCACUGUCCCGUGGCCGUCCUGUCCUUCUCCUCGCUACUGAACCUCGCCUUCAUCAGCCCGGAAGUCAUUACGUUUAUCCUCCUGGUCAUCGUCCCCCUUCCUGCCUGCCUCAAUCCCCUUCUCUACAUCCUCUUCAAUCCCCAUUUUAAGGAGGAUCUGGGGAGCCUGGGAAAGCAAACCGACUUCUGGACAAGAUCGAAACACACAAGCCUGAUGUCUAUUAACUCUGACGAUGUGGAGAAACAGUCCUGUGACUCAACCCAAGCCUUGGUGACCUUCACCAGUGCCAGCAUAGCCUACGACCUGCCUUCCGCUUCUGGAUCACCACCAGCUUAUCCGGUGACCGAAAGCUGUCAUCUUUCAUCUGUGGCAUUUGUCCCGUGUCUCUAAUUAAUAUGAGAAGAGAAGUUGUCAAAAAUUGAAAACCCCAAAAUCUGAGGUUGAGUACAUCAGAGCAGGAAUCAAAAAGAACUGAGUUGAAAUUCGAUGUUUUAAAAAAUCUCUGUGUCAAAAAGCUGAUAAUUGUUGAUACUAGAGAGUGAAAAAAGAGUAUAAAUGCUGCUUAUAUAAUUUUUUCACCUAUGGUAGAUAGUCAUACUUUUCUGGUAAGCCUAAAAUACAUAUAUAUUUAAAAAGCAGAUUGAAAUGUCCAAAAAAUUCUCCAUGAUUUCAAUUGAAUUCUUUUUCAACUUACUUACUUACAAAAGAGGUUUUAAACCAGGAAAUCCCUUACAAUAUGCUUGGAGAUAUCAGGAGAAUAAGAAUUUUAAAUAGCCUACAUUACUAAGUAAUGGUUGUGACCAAUAGGAUUUCAUCUUAAUGACCACGUGGAGAUGUUUUAGUACUGCUUCACUUUUCCCAGAAAGGAUCCUUCCAGGUCACCAAUCCCCAGCAUGAAUGGAAAACAUAAGGUACAUUCAUUCAUGUUCACAUCAUUUUUAGAGAUGCUAGAUUUUAUGAAUCAGCUCUAGAUGAUUCUACCCUCAGUGGAAUAAAAUUGCUUACAAAUAUUUUGAAAGAAAAACGAACUUAAAUUCUUAAAUUACCAUGAAAGCAGUCAGGUACAAACAAGGUUUGAUUUCUCUAAUUCAUUUUAACUCUUUGGUACCCAGAGAUGAGAAGAAAAGUCCAUUGCUGGCAAUGAAUAUAUUUAGAAAAGAUGGAAAGCAACCUGGGAUUUUUUUUAUCUUGGUUGAGUGCACAUUUUUCACGGGAGGUUUUAUCACUUGAUUCAAACUGAUGUGUAUCAUAAGGUAAUAAUCAAAUGCAGACACAACAUAAAUUAAAUCCACUGAUGUAGCGUAUCUCUAGUAGCUUUGGCAACAGUGUCUAAAACCAGUUUUGACUCACCAGAGACUUGGUAACAUAUUCUCCUGUUUAUUUAGCUUGGUUUUAGCUAUGUUGUCUUUGGGUCAACCCACUUGAUGUCAAGAACAUGACUUCUCUGCUUAUUCCAUGUUUAAUAUGUGUUAGGUAUUAUAAGAGGCAAAAUUAUUAAAUACUAAAGGUCAAAGGAUUAAUUCACAACUUCUGUUAUACUACAUUAGCGUCAAUAAAUCCAAACCAAAAGACUAUUAGGUAGAUUUAUUUUUAUGUAAGCAUGUUUAUUUUGAUCAGAUGUUUUAACUUGGAAUUGAAAAAAAAUACAUUUAUGAGAUGUUUUAUAAGAUGUGUAAAUAUAGAACUGUAUUUAUUACUACAAUAAAGAUUCAGUAACACUAAGAACCAUGAUAAUAAACCAUGUACAGUGGCAUAGUCUUUCAUAUAUAUUAUGUUUCUCUGCCCAUUUUUCUUUAAAUUCAUUAACUGUAUGUAAUAUAUGUAAAUGUAUAUAGUUCUUGUAAAUAGAUUUCAAACUUGCUUUUCUAUUGGGUACAAAAUAAAUUUGUAAUAAAAUGUGUGACUAUAAA